UUUUGACGCUCGCCGGUUUCUGUGUUAUGAGACGCGUUUUGUAAGGUAGCGAGGCUCAGUAUUUGUUUUUGAGCGGCUAGGUUACACAAGCUUUGCUCAGGUACUGAAGAGAGGAUACUGCGACUGCACCUCUGUCAGAAAAAGAAAACCCACAGUCUGCUAGUGAGUUUACACUGGCUGACACAUAAUGUUUCCAGCAAGCAGAUACUCAAGUAAAGCCCACAGGUGUAUCAGGGCAUUGAAGACCGUUCAAACAGAGUAUGCUGCCCCUCAACUUUACACGACAGUACACAGACGGACGUGCUCUUCUGUGCCAACACCAAAAAUCACAACACACUACACCAUCCAUCCUCGAGAGAAAGAUCCACGAUGGGAAGGUGUCGAAAUGGAAAGGUUUGCCGACGAGGCAGAUGUGGUGAUAGUAGGUGGGGGCCCUGCGGGUCUUUCAGCAGCCAUUCGCCUGAAGCAGCUAGCCAACGAACAUGAGAAGGAGCUGCGAGUUUGCCUCGUGGAGAAGGCCUCUCAGAUUGGAGCACACACACUGUCGGGUGCCUGUCUGGAGCCUUCUGCCCUCAACGAGCUCUUUCCAGACUGGAAGGAACGAGGGGCACCCUUGAACACUCCAGUGACUGAAGAUGUGUUCAGCAUUCUAACAGCGAAACACAGAAUCCCUGUCCCAAUGUUACCUGGGCUGCCUAUGAAUAACCAUGGUAACUAUAUUGUGCGGCUGGGGAACUUUGUGCGUUGGCUGGGGGAGCAGGCAGAGGAGCUUGGGGUGGAGAUCUACCCUGGUUACGCAGCAGCUGAGGUUUUAUUUCAUGAAGAUGGAAGUGUAAAAGGAAUAGCAACCAAUGACGUUGGCAUCGCUAAGGAUGGAUCACCUAAGGAUGUUUUUGAAAGAGGCAUGGAGCUUCAUGCUAAAGUCACAGUGUUUGGUGAAGGCUGUCAUGGUCAUUUGGCCAAGCAACUUUACAAGCAGUUUAACCUUCGCGAGAACUGUGAGCCUCAGACCUAUGCCAUCGGCCUGAAGGAGGUGUGGACGAUUGAUGAGAAGAAGUGGAGGCCGGGCAGAGUGGAGCAUUCUGUGGGCUGGCCCCUGAACAGAAACACAUACGGAGGCUCCUUCCUCUAUCAUCUGAAUGAAGGAGAGCCUCUUGUGGCCUUGGGCUUUGUGGUGGGCCUGGACUACACAAAUCCUUACCUGAGCCCCUUCAGGGAGUUUCAGCGCUGGAAACACCAUCCCUUUGUGGCUCCCACACUGGAGGGAGGUAGCAGGAUAGCAUAUGGAGCCAGAGCGCUGAACGAGGGUGGAUUACAGUCCAUCCCAAAGCUGACCUUCCCUGGAGGGCUGCUGAUAGGCUGCAGCCCCGGCUUCAUGAAUGUCCCAAAGAUCAAAGGCACCCACACAGCUAUGAAGAGCGGCAUGCUGGCUGCUGAGGCCAUUUUCCCAAAAGUCACAGCUGAGGACCCGGAGUCAGAGACCAUAGGGCUCCAUGUACAUGAAUACUCUGAUAGCUUGAAGAAUUCAUGGGUGUGGAAAGAGCUGCAUGCAGUGAGAAACAUCAGACCGUCCUUCCAUAAUUACUUUGGCCUGUAUGGAGGCAUGGUCUACACCGGGAUCUUCUACUGGAUCCUUAGAGGGAAAGAGCCAUGGACCCUCAAACACUGUGGCCUUGAUGCACACCAGCUGAAACCGGCAAAAGAAUGUACACCGAUUGAAUACCCCAAGCCCGACGGCAAGAUAAGCUUCGACCUGCUCUCCUCUGUGGCGCUUAGCGGCACCAACCAUGAAGGGGACCAGCCCCCCCAUCUGACCCUGAGAGACGACAGCGUGCCAGUCAACAGGAACCUGGCCGUAUUCGACGGGCCUGAGCAGCGCUUUUGCCCUGCAGGUGUGUAUGAGUACGUUCCCUUGGAAACCGGAGACGGGAUGAGGUUGCAGAUAAACGCUCAAAACUGUGUCCACUGUAAGACCUGCGAUAUUAAGGACCCAAGCCAAAACAUCAACUGGGUUGUGCCUGAAGGUGGCGGUGGACCUGCCUACAACGGAAUGUGAAAUUCUUGUUUUUGUUUGUAACUUUUUGUCUUGAAAUAUUAAUGUAAAGUAUGAGUUCAGGGCUGCAGUACUGGCCAGAGUGGCAAAUGUGCCUAAAUAUGGAUGAGAAAAUAACUGUAGGGUUGUUUAUGAGCAUUUAAGGAACAAAAUCUGCCAAAAGCAAAGAUAAAAGAACUGCAUUUUGUGAUGAAGAUUGAUCCUUAAUUCAUACAGUGGAACAGAAAGGUAUAAAGAGCAUACAGGACCAUAUGACACUGGUGUUUAAACAACUCAAUUCUUAGUGCUGAUAUUCUUCUAUAAACACAAUGAGAAUGCAUUAAAACCAGUUCAGAAGAACUAGAUUUUGUUUUUAGAGGCAUUGCCUGGACUGGUAAUGGUUAAUAUAUUUCUUCAAGCUGUAACUAAACCAGAAUACAAGCUUCUCUCAGUUUAAGUUUAUUGCAGGUAAAUUGACAGCAUUUGAUCUGCACAGUAUUGUAUAUAUCAUUAGAUAAUAAUCACAGUAAUUAAUAAAGAACACAUGACUGUUA